AUGAAGUCUCAAACUCUCUCUGCCCUUGCGGCUUUGGCCGCCGGCUUCCAGUUUGCUGCUGCCACUGGAUGGUCAGACAAGUCUAGCUUUUCUUGCCCUUCAAACACCAACAACGACUGUUCAUCGACUCAACAUAGCGGAUGGGAUUUCAGCGACCUUUCAUCUGGAUCUUUCAGCAACUACGACGAUUUCACCUUCACCGGAUUCACAUGCUCCAACUCUUUCGGCAAGCGCGAUAACCCCAAGUUCCCAAGAAGAACAUCAGGAAAAUGUAUCUCCGGUUCAGCCUCCUCGGAUCACGGCUCCAGUCCUCAAUUCUCAUGCGGUGGAUCCUCCUCCAAACCAUCAAGCUCUGGAUCCUCGAGCGAUAUCUCGGCUUUCUCUAUCUCUACCGUCCACGUUACUACCGAGUUCGACUGCAACUUGGAGUUCCACUAUGGUAUGCACGAUGGAUCUACCUGCAAGCAGACCUCUGCCUGCUCAAGCGGCGGUUCCCUUAUCUCCAACUCUCAAUGUGGUGGUGCUAAGAACGUUACCGUGAUCUACUCUUCCGCAAGCCAAACCCACACUGCCGCUACCGGAAAAGCUUCUUGCAGUGUUGGUAUUAGCUCUGUUGGAUUCGACUGCAGCUCGGCAUCGACCACUCAACACCCAUCUACCACCGCAAGUGUCAAAACUACUUCGGUAAAAACCACCUCCACCUCCAGCGUCUCAUCCAAACACACUUCCGUUGAAUCUUCCAGCAAGGUCACCUCAAUCAAGAGCACCCCUUCUGCGACAGGUACCUCAUACACCCUCAUCGGAACCGGAUCAUCCAAAACAUCAUCGAUCAUUGGAACAUCCGUGAAGCCAAGCUCAAGUGCUGCCACCUCCAUUAUCGGUACAUCAGUAAAGCCAAGCUCCAGCAUUGGAACUUCAGUAAAACCAAGCUCAAGUGCGGCUACCUCCAUUAUUGGUACAUCAGUCACCGGAUCAUCAUCAGUUGUUCAAUUGACCACAUCGACCAUUUUCGCCACUUCGGUUUCCACCAUUAUUUCUUGCGCGGCAACUGUUACCGAUUGCCCAGCUAGAUCAACUGCUUUGACUACCGUCGUUGUCGCAAUUUCAACCACGAUCUGCCCAGUCACCGCCACUGAGAUUCCAGGCUCAUCAGCUGCUACCUCUAUCAUUGGUACUUCUGUUGCUCCACCCCCAGGUUCAUCAAGUUCCGCAGCAACCUCUGUUGUGCCAUGCGUUUCAUCUGGUGUUCUUAUCUCUGGUCAAACCGCUUGCCCAAUUUCCUCGUCAGCUCCAUCUUCCUCGGGAUCAGUUCACUCUUCCUCUGAAUCAACUCCAUCUUCUUCGGGAUCAGCCCACUCUUCCUCCAAAUCCUCCAUCAUCGGUACAUCAGCUCCAUAUCCAUCCAAAUCCUCCACCAUCAGUACACCCAUUGGAACCGCUCCAAUAACCUCCCACGCCACCAGCCUCCUCACCACCGCCAUAACCACAGUCAUCAUCCACGAAUCCACCACCAUCUGCCCCGUAACCCUAACCCACACCACCGGGGGAGUAACCAGCAUCGAGACCACCUCCACCACCUCCACCGUGCGAUCAUCAUCUACUCUCGUAACCUCGAGCGUUAUCACCAGCAUCAUUGUGCCUACUACCGCUCCUUCUUCUUCUGUUCAGGGUGUUACAUCUGUUCCGGUUCCGGUUCCAAGCGCAAGUGCCACCAGCGUUCAAACUACUGCUAUUACCACAGUCCUUAUCCAUACAUCUACUACCAUCUGCCCCGUUACAUUGACCCACACAACCGGGGGCGUAACAAGUCUCGAAACUACUUCAACCACCUCCACCGUGCUCUCUUCCUCAACCCUAGUAUCCUCAAGCGUCAUUACCGUCACAGCCCCUAUUAGCUCCGCCCAAGGCGUAACCACCACUGCCACUGCCACAGCAAGUAUCCCCACCGAAACCGCCGCAUGCCCAGAUGUCCUGCCCCAAUGCUUAAACACCUGGAUGUACCUAGUCGGAUGCGAAUCCAACACCGAUUCCGACUGUUACUGUCCCGACGACUCAUUUGUCAAAAAUGUCUUUGGAUGUUUACACGCAUACGGAGCCUCCACAUCCGACAUCGACGCCGCGCAGAAAUACUUCCAAGGAAUCUGCGCCGCGCACGUAUCAACCAACCCCGCCAUUGUAACCGCCGCCUCUUCCAUCUACAUCCCAGUCCCAUCAGCAUCCGGCACCCUUUCCACAGCCACCACAUCCGUGCAAGGCCUCGCCUCCACCCCCGUAACAACCGUAACACUCAGCACCACCCUCGUGGUCCCCUGCAUAGAAUCCACCGGCUCCCUCUCCGGCUCCAUCAUCCCCUCUUCAUCCACCACAACCAUCAUCGCAACCACCAUCACCGUCCCCCAAGUAGUCUUCUCCACCGCUCCCGCUGUGGGUUCCGCUAGUGCGAGCGUUGCGCUGAUCCCCGGUACUACUGCUGCUUCGCAAGCUGCUGGGUACAGUACCUCGAUUCCAUCUAGCACUACUGUUGUUUCGGGUGUUGCUGGCGCUACUAAUGUUCCUCCUGCCGCUACUACCUCUACUUCUGUUCCUUUUACUGGAGGCGCUAUUACUAUCAAGAGUACGAGCGGAUUUAGCGGACUUCUCGUCGCUGCUUUUGUUGCUAUCUUCACUCUUUGA